UCGGUGACCGGAAGUAGCGCGCUACCCACUCUUCUCUCUGUGCUCCGUGGCGUUCUGGAGCAGAAGCGGCCCUCGGCGGCUGGUUUCGGAGGAAGCCUCUGGCUUUAAGCGCGGGCAGGCAUGGGGAAACGCAUGAGUAGGUGAUUGUUGGAACAUGAAGCAGCAGGAAAACUUUGUGUUUGUAGAAGAGCAGCGAGUGAUGUGAGCAGGAAGGCCUCCCAGCUGUGGGUCUUCUGAGGACGUGAUGCCCAGGCGGGGGUUCCCCUUCCAAGGGCGGGUCCGCUGGCUCUUCCUGGGCCUCUUCCUGCUGCUGGUGCUGCUGCUGUUCGCCUACCUGCUGGAGUGCACCCCGCCGGCCGACGUCAGCCAGGUGCUGCCCGGCCUGGCGGGGGAGACCUACGGCAAGGAGUACUACCAGGCGCUGCUGCAGGAGCACGAGGAGCGCCACCUGAGCCGAGCCUCCAGCCUCAAGCGGCAGAUCGCCCAGCUCAAGCAGGAGCUGCAGGAGAUGAGCGAGAAGCUGAAGCUGAUGCAGGACAAGAAGGAGCCCCCCGGGGUGCAGGGCCUGGGGGAGAACAGGGACCAGGAGCCCGGGGACCUGCUGGAGUUCCUGCACUCUCAGAUCGACAAGGCGGAGGUGAACACGGGCGCGCGGCUGCCCAGCGAGUACGCCCUGGUGCCGUUCGAGAGCUUCACCUCGUCCAAGGUGUACCAGCUGGAGAUGGGGCUGACGCGGCACCCCGAGGAGAAGCCGGUCCGCAAAGACCGCAGGGACGAGCUGGUGGAGGUCAUCGAGGCGGCGCUGGACAUCAUCAACAACCCCGACGAGGAGGACGGGGUGGAGGACGACAUGCCCAUGCAGAGGCCGACCUACACAGACGGCCACUUUGUGGAAGGGCUGUACAGGACGGAGAGAGACAAAGGGACACUUUACGAGCUCUUCUUCUCCAAAGACGACUCCAGCAGCUUCCGUCACGUCACGCUGUUCCGGCCGUUUGGGCCCAUAAUGAAGGUCAGGAGCACGUCCGUAGAAACGCUGCCAAUGACCGUCAACAUCAUCGUGCCGCUGGCGGGCAGAGUCGACACGUUCUCCCAGUUCCUGCAAAACUUCAGGGAGGUGUGCGUACAGCGGGACCGCCGGGUCCAUCUCACCGUGGUUUAUUUCGGACAGGAAGGCCUGCAGGAGGUGCAGUCGUCCUUGGAAACCAUGUCGAGAGAGGAGAGCUUCUCUAAUUACACCCUGCUCCCCGUGGACGAGGAGUUUUCCCGCGGCCGGGGUUUGGACAUCGGAGCCCACGCCUGGAAGCGAGGCGACGUCCUGAUGUUCUUCUGUGACGUGGACAUCCGCUUCUCUCUGGACUUCUUGAGCACGUGUCGUCUCCACGCCGCUCCCAACAAGAAGGUUUUCUACCCGGUGGUGUUCAGUCUGUAUAAUCCGGCCAUUGUUUACGGAAGCGUGGAGCUGGCGCCACCUAUUGAACUCCAGCUGAUUCACAAAAAAGACGCGGGGUUUUGGAGGGAUUUCGGAUUUGGAAUGACGUGUCAGUAUCGCUCAGAUUUCCUAAACAUCGGCGGAUUUGAUCUCGAAGUCAAAGGCUGGGGCGUGGAGGACGUCCACUUGUACAGGAAGUACCUGCGGAGCGACCUGAUCGUGAUCCGGACUCCCGUGUCCAGCCUGUUCCACCUGUGGCACGAGAAGCAGUGCGCGGACGAGCUGACGCCGGAGCAGUACCGCAUGUGCAUCCAGUCCAAAGCCAUGAACGAGGCCUCCCACUCCCACCUGGGCAUGCUGGUGUUCCGGGAGGAGAUCGAGGCCCACCUCCGGAAGCAGGCCUUCAAGACCCAGGGCGGGACGGAGGAGUGAGCAGCAGCCUCCACCUUCCCAGGCGGCGUUCCUAAACGAGACUGAAGGGGGCGCUGCAGCGAGGGAGGGCGCGUUUACAUGGAUCCCUCUGCUUUUUACUGCACAGCUGUAGACGGAUGAAUGUAGAGGAAAAAAAAAUGGGAGCAAUGUGAAACGAGGCACAGAACAGAAGCCUUAGCGAAGCGGUACCGCCGCGUGGUCCAAUCAGCAGUAUUUAACUCUUCAAACGUACAUGUACAGAAGACAGUGUUAAGUUUCUGGGUACGAGGUUAGCGUUUACGCUCUGAAAAUCAGCACGCAGUCAGGACUCAGCCCUGCAGCCCGUUUCUCCGCCAUUUUUUUUGCUGCUUCGCUUGCAGUUCAGCUGCUUCAAACACGGCGAAGCUAGCAUAGCAGCAGCUAGAAUAGCAGCAGCUGAGCAGCUAGCAUAGCCAGCGGCGUUUUGGACAAAAUCAGCUGAAAUCCGUUAGGAAAAGGGUCACAUUUCUUCUAAUUUAUUGAGCAUGAGAACAACGAGAAGUUGCACUUUCUCUCAGUGGAGAUUCAAACAGGCCUGUAGUACGAAGGAAGAUCAGCAGCUUUCUGGGGUAAACUUCUUUUGUUUACGUUACAUUGGUACAGUUUGAUCCCUUCAGGAGCUGUUAGAAACUAACAAUUACCUUUUUUUAAGACAAAUGACAGCAGAGUUCAUAAUCAGUCACUGUUUUUUUUUUUUUAUUACAGCGCAGGAGAGUAUCACACCUGAACUCAUGAAAUCUGUUUAAAGUCACGGUAUAACCCAAAAGAAAAUGUCUAGAUGCUAAAAAGAGGCUCAGACGUGAGCAAAUGGACUGAAUCCUUAGUAGAUUUUAUUUAUUUUGAUAGUGUUUGGAACCCUGGAAGGAUGUGACCCGUGAUAAAAGUGAAACCUGCAGCUCAUAAACUUAAGUAAAUAUACAGUGAAUGGCCUUUACUAGUUAAAUGAUUUGAUGAAAGCUCCUGCUUUUUGUAUUGGCCGUUUGUUUUGUUCAGCGGUUCCCUGAACUCAUUAAUUUUGGGCUUUUAAGGAUCCAUUUUUCCCAUUUUAUGGGGGAAGACCCAUGAUAAUACAACACAAACAUGUUAAAACAAUUUAGAGUUUAUAGUGAACUGCACUAAAAUGUGGAUGAACAGCAGAGAGGUUCAUUGACCACACGUUUUAUAGCCAACAAGCUAGUGAUUUAAUGCUGGCUGGAUUUCUGUCACGUCUUCUUGUAGAACUGGUUGAGCCAGUUUAGAUUGGUCGUCUUCCUGACACAGAAGGUUUAGGGUUUAGUUUCAACAAUUUGGGGUUAGCCCUUCAUUUUUCCAGCCACCAAGAGAUCCGCAGCAUGAUGCAGCCACUGCCGUGCUUUAGUUUGUGCAGUACUAAGCCUCAUCUUGACUCUUCCACAUAUUGUUCUGGUACAGGUGAUUUCAGUCGGCUUAUUUUCUUCCGUCCAUGUUUAGGCUAAAGGUUUUAUCUUUACAGCAACACUUCAUUACCUUCCAGUUUAUUGCAGGUUGGAACCUCUGCGGUUUCUCAACAUCCUUUCAUUUAAAAAGGGGGACAGAUUUGGUUAGAGGGUUGGACCUUAGACACAGACGUUUCCACAAGUGAAUGACCAAUGGCAGUUGUCAAAACUCGUUUUGGAGCAGAUGAAGAUUAAAAGCUGUGUUAGUGACGGGAUGUUUGCAUUUAAAAUCCACAAAUAAUGCAAACAUUUGUACCCAAGUCUAGUAUAAAAUAUCUACUGUUCAUUCCACCAUAAACCAAAAAAACCUCACAGUUCAAAAGCAUCAUUUAAAGGCCAAACUUAAUGAGUUUGGCCCUUCUGACUGGAACUGUGCGUGGACAUACAGAUCCAGAGUCAGGAAACCCGGGUCGAUCUUUUGGGUUUCCAACUACCUUCAGGUAUCCAUUGACAUCUUGGUCAAUUAAGAACAGAACCAGGCCACAUCGGGGCUGUUAUGUGAAAAAUGGAUCCUUAAAGCCAAGGAGGAGGACGCUGCUGCUUCAGGUCUGGUUAAUACGGAUCCCUGGGCUGAACCUGCUUCGUACUACGGGCCUCAGUUAUAGGACCUCCUGAUUAUUGAUUCAGACUGAAAAGGGAGAAUUUCACGUUUUGUCAUUUGUUUUAUUGUAGGACUGUGAGUGUAGCGUAAAAGGUAUCGACGAGAGAGUUGGACCAAGGGGAAGCAGCGCUGCUCUUCAUCCGCGACUGAAAGCCAACGUUCCAGCCGCUCUCAGAUGUAAAUACAUUUCAAAUGUUCCUUUUAUUUCAUACUUUACACAGAACCCAGCGGUUCUAAAAGAACACGUUGCGUUCAGCCGUCAGAAGCUCACACAGAGCAGACAGAAGGUGCUUUGAUGGUCCUACGCGUGUAUCAGGUAGUUCCUGCCUUUGCGUUCUGUACUGUAAUUAUUUACAACCAACAGUUUUCUUGCUUAUUCUGCAGCUUUUCUAGAUUGUCUCGAGGUCUCCUUUGCUUGGCAGGAGAAAUGAAUCGUCUUCCUCUCAGCGGCGCAGCGAUCACAGCUGAAUAAUAAAAAGAGACGAGCAGGAAAAUGAUUUAUUGGGAAGAUUCGUCCAGGAAAUAAGUUGCAGGCGUUCACGGUUCCUAAUACGUCUGAUGCAUAUUCUCAGUCAACUCGACCAGUUGUAUAUUUGCAAUAAAAACGUAAUUUCAAACUUG